AUGCCCAGGCGUACCGUAUGGGAUGUUGAUGAUCAUUCAUUCAUAUGUAAAGAAAGAUCUGGAGGGGGGCUGAAGAAUAUUCCAGUAGCAAAGAAUCCGAUUAGGUCAUUAAAUUAUAGGUUAGAGAUUUUCUCGGGUGCAUCGCUCACAGGGUGGGGUGCGCACUGCAACGGAGAAAAUACUCACGGAUUUUGGUCUCAGGAGGAGAAGAAGUUACAUAUAAACCAGCUGGAGAUUAUAGCAGCGUUUUUGGCGCUGAAGUGCUUUGCUAGGGAAGUCCAAAAUUGCGAAAUCUUACUUAGAAUUUCGUAUAUCAAUCGUAUGGGGGGUGUACAAUACGUAGAACUUAAUCAAAGGGCUAAAGAUAUUUGGACUUGGUGUGAGAAAAGAAGAAUCUGGAUCUUUGCUUCCUACAUCCCCUCGCGGGAAAACACAGACGCAGACAGGGAAUCUAGAAGAGUCAAUGUAGAUACCGAAUGGGAGUUAGGAGCCCCCUUAUUUCAGACCAUAGUAGAAAGGUGGGGGUUUCCAGAAAUAGACUUGUUCGCAUCAAGGAGUAAUGCUAAGACCGAUGUGUUCUGCUCCUGGAAACGAGACCCAGAAGCUCGUUACAUUGACGCUUUUACAGUCUCUAAUUCACCCGUUAGCGGAUCAUCUUUCCCUGGUUGCAGGGAGGCUCUCCGGCGAUCGUAUCAACAGAAAUUAGUGCCAGCAGAAGCUGUAGAGAUUCUAAUCCCUUCACUAACGGAUUCUACUCUGAAACAAUACAACACAGCCCUUAAAAACUGGUGGAGUUACUGCCAGAGAGUCUUUAAAAACAGACCACCGACGCCUAAAUAUGACACCACCUGGAACACAGAGGCAGUUCUAAACUGGGCGGAAGCACUGGGACCGCUGAAAGUUCUGGACCUAAAAUCUCUCACCUUUAAGUUGGUAUCCUUACUAGCCUUAGCUACAGCCCAUAGGGUUCAGACAUUGUCCCUAAUCAAAAUAAGUGACAUGACAGUUUCGAAGAGCAAGGUGAUCAUAAAGAUAUCGGAGCAAAUUAAAACAUCUAGAGUCGGAGUUGCACAACCCUCGUUCAGUCUACCAUUGUUUAAAGAGCGAAAGGGCACUUGCGUCGCCACGGUGUUGUUGAAAUACGUAAAAAGAACCAAAGUUCUAAGAGGGAAUGAAGACUACCUGUUUAUUACAUUUAAGAGGCCCUACCAUAGGGCAACUGCGCAAUCAAUAAGCCGCUGGAUAAGGUGCUGUCUCGUGGAAGCCGGAAUAGAUCCUAAAUACACUGCUCACAGCACGAGACACGCAGCCACGUCUGCUGCAGAGGCGAGAGGUUUAGAUGUAAACAUCAUAAAGAGUACAGCUGGAUGGUCAGCCAGCUCACAGGUGUUCGCAAAGUUCUACAAACGCCCGAUAGAACCAAGAAAAGAAUCGGUUGUAGAGGUGUUAUUCAAUCAACAGGGUGAAUAA